AUGGAAAUAGCUGAAACGGUUCGAUCCAGAUUAUUAGCCCCGGUUAAACCGUUAAAUUACCCCUGCGGUUAUUGCGGUAACCGGACUAAUACCGGCCACGAAGACGUUUGCAAAGGGGCUUUACGUAAAUCUACGGCCCGUCACGACCAAAUAAACCGGGCAUUUAUUCGAUCCCUUUCCAGCCGGCCGGAACUAAACGUCGAAACGGAACCGGAUUUGCGUCAAAAUAACCCUAAUAUUAACGUUAAUAAUAACGUUAAUAACGUUAAUAACGACCAACGCAACGACGUCACCCCUAUCCCCAGCGGUCCUGCAGGCCCCGGAAGCCUUAUUACAACCCCUAUUCGCUCCGGUACCCGCAGGGACCCUAACGGGCUCAGGGCUGACUUUGCCGUUAUUAACGGAAUUUCGAAAUAUUAUUACGACGUACAAAUCGUUGCAAUUAAUAAAGAUUCCGCUAACGCGGACCCGUUCGUCACUUUAACGGAAGCGGUUAACAAAAAACGACGGAAAUACCAAUUUUUGGAUCCUUUUUUCCAUCCGAUUAUUAUAAGUGCCGGAGGCCUUAUGGAAAAAAGCACUGCGCAGGCCUAUAAACAGCUGCAAAAGCUAAUAGGUCCUGUAGCAUCCCAUUGGUUGGAUACGUCGAUUUCGUUGGCGUUAUUGCGGUCCAGGACGACGGCUGCAAAUUCGAUUGCAAAAGAUUUACCACGACGGAAUUAA